AUGCAAUUGCGUCUCCGCGUCAGUGUCUACGCACCCCCAACAGCCGGUUCCGAUGGUGUGAAGACCAAGUCCUACAAAGGCCUACACGCCCUCCUAGAGACUUUCUCGAAGGCGAACGUAUUGGUUGUCUUCGACGACUUCAAUGCCCGUUUCGUCACCGGUCACGCUACCUCAGGGUGUAUGCUUGAUCAUCCCGGAAUCGGCAGCUACAUCAGCAAUGGUGCUCUCCUCCUGAAGGCCUCCACGGAACACAGUGCUCUCCUAACCAACACCUUCCUCCACCUCACGGUGCAGAAGAAGGCAAAGUGGAGGUACCCCCACUCGUGA